CAAGGCAGCAUCAAGUUGAAGGUGUAGCGUAGCAACCACAGUUGUUUCGAAUGACGGAUGUAGCUGCUAAAACACACACGAACACCCACUCGAGCGCGCCUUUCGCGAGGCUGAUUUCCUGUCGUCUGCCGUCGGUCGUGCUCGCGGCAACAUGUUACUGCGUGCUGCGUUUAUUCGCUUGCGGUCGUCGUCGCUCCGGCUGUUGCAACCAAUGCGCACAUACUCGGAGGGCAGCAGGGCCACCGUCCUCAGCGAGGGCUUCAUCCAUAGGGCAAACGAAGACACCGAGACCCAGCGGGCACGACUGCUCUACCAGAGUCGCAAGCGUGGCAUGCUCGAGAACGACCUCAUCCUCAGUACGUUCGCAGCCAAGCACUUGGCCUCCUUCAAUGCGGAGCAGCUGCAGCAGUACGACAGGCUCAUUAACCUGCCUUCCAACGACUGGGACAUCUACUACUGGGCAACGGGUGCCAGGGAGACUCCACCAGAGUUUGAGAGCGAGGUCAUGUCGCUACUGCGAGAGCAUGUGCGCAAUGAUGAGCGUGAGAAGAGAUUCAAGCAGCCCGACAUUUCGUAGUUUGCCAAGGAGCAAAGUGACGGAGGACACCCGACACGCUCGAAAAAUGGUUUGGGCAGUGAGGCCAGGGACAUAAAGAAAAGGCCUAGCAGAGUAUUUGUCUAGUCGGCCUGUUGCAUAGCUCUGCCUUCAGGUCUUUUCCCACACAACACUGGCCUCUCAACCAGACAGCAGUCAGUUCAAAGAGCGCAAACCUCCUUUCCUGUAGAAGUUGAAACUGCAGAUUAAAGUUUUCUGGCACAGGUG